AUGUCAUCCGAUAAUUUAUCAAUCCCCAUUACAAAAUUACAAUGGGGUCUACGAGGAUCUCAAAUUUUUUUCGCAUUUCUUUCGAUGGCAUGUAUUGCUGCUGUCAUAGCCUUUGAUAAUAAAUUUAUGUCUGGUUCUUUAUUUUCAGUUGCCCACAUUUUUAUCAUGAUUGUUUCAAUGUUUUUUGCGGCUUUAAUUGUUGGUAUCCCACAUAUUUAUUUAGAAUAUGGCAAAUGCAAAUCUACUGCCAGAGCAUUAAGGGUUCCUAGGACUGAAUUUGUUUUAACAGCAAUUUGGGGUGUCCUAAUAUUCAUAGUUUCUGUAGCAUUGACUAUCGAAGUUUCCUUAAGAAAUUGUGAUCCUUAUUCGGCAGAUUUUCAAAAAUAUAACACAGGAGAUAAUAAUGAUACUUUCAUUGGAGGUUUAGCUCGUAAUUGUAGAACUGAACGUGCUGGAGUUGCAUUUGGAUGGUUUUGCCUUAUUGCAUGGUUGACUUCUCUUGUUCUUAUUGGUAUAGGUUUGUAUAAGAAUCGACGUCAACCAAUACCACAUAAAGAUGAAGUUACAAUGCACUCUAAUUCAACAACUUCGUCAUUGGAAGUUCCCACCACCGCAACUAUUCCUCCGAAUUAA